GUCAGUAUAAACCGUUGUAAACAUAACCUCAAUUUUCCAUGCUUACUAAUUACAAAAGUGAGUAAGUUAAUAGUUUGCACAAUAAAAGGCAAAAAUGUCUGUGUGGAAAAAAGCAUCAAAAGCAAAUAGAAAAACUUACCGAGAACGUCAUCAACCGGAAAGUAGGAGCCACUUGGGAUUACUCGAAAAGAAAAAGGAUUAUAAACAGAGAGCAGUUGAUCAUAAUGAAAAAGACGCAACCUUAAAAUUGCUAAGAAAACGAGCGUUAAAUAAAAAUCCGGAUGAAUUUUAUCACCACAUGAUAAAUUCUAAGAUAGAAAAUGGAAUUCAUUUUGAAAAAGAAACUCGCGACGAGGACACUCCAGAACAAAUCCAAUUAAUGUCAACUCAAGAUUUAAAAUAUGUUGUAACGAAAAGAACUCAAGAAUUGAAAAAAAUCGAAAAGUUGCAAUCACGAUUACAUUUAUGUAACGUUGAUCAUGAAAUUAAGAAUAACCAUAAAUACUUCAAAGAAAAUUUAGACGAGAGUUAUAAUAAAGAGGAUAAGUUGAAGUUGUUGGGUGAAGUUGAGUUACCGGAUGUGAAUUUAGAAGUGUUAGGGGAAGCUGUUAAAAAUCGUAAAGGGGUUUACAAGGAAUUGGCAAAACGAAUUCAUAGAGAAAGAGAAUUAAGCAUUAUACAAAGAAAAUUGGAAAUGAAACGAUGUGUUGAUGCAAAGAAAAAUGUUUUACCACCAAAAAAAUUAAAGAAGGGGGAUAAAGAAUCUGCUCCAGUUUAUGUGUGGAAAUAUGAAAGAAAAAAAUAAAAUUUGUUAAAA